AUGGUGAAAACUAGAGAUUCAAAGAGGAGAAAACCGGUAACUCAUGUCCAGGUACCCGAAGAGAUCAUCGUUGAAAUACUCUCUAAGCUGCCCGUAAAAGUACUGUUGGAAUUCAAGCGUGUUUCAAAGUCAUGGCUCGCUUUAAUCUCUAGUCUUGAAUUCAUAAAAACUCAUCUCAAUUCAUCAGCUAAUAACAAAGAAUACUACAACCAUAGAGUUAUUUUGAAAGACAUGAAAGGCAAGCUCAAGGACUGUUCUCUACGAUCAUUACUUUACAACCCGAUUACUAAGGCGUCUGAAAUCGAUUAUCCCAUGAAAGAAUUCGAUAUCAUGUGGUUUGGUACUGCCAAUGGAUUGAUUUGUUUGGCUUAUAUGGAGAAACCUUAUGAUUACGAAUAUGGGUUUCCGAAGAAGACAUGGCCUAGUUCUGGAAAAAAUAUAUGUAUUUGGAACCCCUCGAUUAGGAAGUGGAAGAAAUUGCCACGAUUUUCAGCGAUGAGGAUGUCUUGUUUAUUUUGUAGAUAUGGGUUUGGAUAUGACGAGUUACAUGAUGAUUAUAAAGUAGUUGUUAUGUUUGCUGAUACGUGA